UUUGUUGUUGUUGUUGGCGGCUUCAUUUUCCGUUUGGCACUCGUUGGAUAGCCCCUCAGUCGUCUGCCUUAGCUUGCGUGACACUCCCUCGUGUACUUGUGUGUGGCGGGCUUUCGGCGUCACGCGACACGCGGCUUCCACCUGCCGUCCACAGGCGGAAAGCAGCAGAAGAACAUCCGCGCACACACGCGCACCACCGCCGCCUUCACUUCCACACAGCCGACGGUCGACCUCGUCAGCCGCCCACCGCCACCCGUGACCGGCGGCGGAACAAACCGGACCAGACCAUCCGCGACAAGGCGCGACGAGGCGGGACAGCCGGUCGGUUUGGGGGGUGGGAGGGGGGAGUAUCAGCCGCCCAAAGCCGCUUAGAAGCGGCCCGAGCACCGAACGCCACAGGAAGCACCGCCGCGACAAGGAAGAAUGGAGGGCUUCAACGCGGCUGUUGACCGGCCACCAGCUUCGGUUCGAGCGUAGCAGGAAGACACCGCGCGUCGAGCAGACCUCUGCGAAGGAAUGUUCACCCUCACCGAAGUCGCCUCCCUGAACGACAUCCAGCCGACUUACCGCAUCUUGAAACCAUGGUGGGACGUCUUCAUGGACUACCUGGGCAUCGUCAUGCUCAUGCUCGCUAUCUUCGCCGGGACCAUGCAGCUGACGCGGGACCAGGUAGUCUGCCUGCCCGACUUGGACUCGUCCCUAGACGAGGUGCCACCGCUACCGACCGAGGCGUCUGGCAGGAUGUGGAGUAAGGAGAGCGCCACGGGGGAUCAGGCGGCACCCCUGAUGGUGGCCCCGGAGCAACCGCCGACGCAGCAGCCGGCCCCCACCGGGAUCCGGACCAAGCUGGACUUCCAGCAGUACGUCUUUGUCAACCAGAUGUGCUACCACGUCGCCCUUCCGUGGUACUCUAAAUACUUUCCCUACCUGGCGUUGAUCCACACGCUCAUCCUGAUGGUGAGCAGCAACUUCUGGUUCAAGUAUCCCCGCACCAGCUCCAAGAUCGAGCACUUUGUCUCCAUCCUGGGCAAGUGUUUCGAGUCUCCCUGGACCACCAAGGCGCUGUCCGAGACGGCGUGCGAGGACUCGGAAGAGAACAAGCAGCGCCUGGCGGGGGCUUCCUCCCAUAACAAGCACUUUUCCACCAGCAGCGAGGAGGGCAGCCCCAACCAGUCGGCGCCCAUGCUGACCAAAUCCGGUGUCACCUUUUCCGCCGAGAAGCUGGUGAGCGAGGCGCCCUCCAUGACGAUCCUGGACAAGAAGGACGGUGAGCAGGCCAAGGCGCUCUUCGAGAAGGUCCGCAAGUUCCGCGCCCACGUGGAAGACAGCGACCUGAUCUACCGCCUGUACGCCCUGCAGACGCUCAUCAAGACCGUCAAGUUCAUCGUCAUCCUGUGCUACACCAUGACCUUCGUGGCCUCCAUCGACUUCCACCACUUGUGCGAGCCCGAGAUCAAACACCUGACCGGAUACAGGAAGUUCCACUGCACGCACAACAUGGCGUUCAUGCUGAAGAAGCUGCUGGUGAGCUACAUCGCGCUCAUUUGCGUCUACGGCGUCAUCUGCAUCUACACGCUCUUCUGGCUCUUCCGCCGUCCCCUCAAGGAGUACUCGUUCGAGAAAGUCCGCGAGGAGAGCAGCUUCAGCGACAUCCCCGACGUGAAGAACGACUUUGCCUUCCUGCUGCAUAUGGUAGACCAGUACGACCAGCUCUACUCCAAGCGCUUUGGCGUCUUCCUGUCGGAAGUCAGCGAGAACAAACUGCGGGAGAUCAGCCUGAACCACGAGUGGACCUUCGAGAAGCUCCGGCAGCACGUGACCCGCAACGUUCAGGAAAAACUGGAAUUGCACCUCUUCAUGUUGUCGGGGGUGCCCGACGCUGUGUUUGACCUCACCGACUUGGAGAUCCUCAAGCUGGAGCUCAUCCCCGAGGCCAGGAUCACGGCCAAGAUCUCCCAGAUGAUCAACCUACAGGAGCUCCACUUCUACCACUGUCCCGCCAAAGUGGAGCAGACGGCCUUUAUCUUCCUGAGGGAUCACCUGCGAUGCCUUCACGUCAAGUUCACGGACGUGGCGGAGAUCCCCAGCUGGCUGUACUUGUUGAAGAACUUGCAAGAGCUGUACCUGGUGGGCAACCUGAACUCGGAGAACAACAAAAUGAUCGGACUCGAGUCUCUGAGAGACCUGCGACACCUGAAGGUCCUGCAUCUUAAGAGCAACCUCACCAAGGUCCCCACCAACAUCACGGAUCUGUCGCCCCACCUCGUCAAGUUAGUGGUGCACAACGACGGCACCAAGCUCCUGGUGCUCAACAGCCUGAAGAAGAUGAUGAACCUGUCCGAGCUGGAGCUGCACAACUGUGAGCUGGAGCGAAUCCCACACGCCAUCUUCAGCCUCAACAACCUUCAGGAGCUGGACCUCAAAUCCAACCACAUCCGGACCAUCGAGGAGGUCAUCAGCUUCCAGCACCUGAAGCGGCUGACGUGCCUCAAGCUCUGGCACAACAAGAUCAUCUCCAUCCCGCUGUCCAUCAGCCACGUCAAAAACCUCGAAUCGCUCUACCUGUCGCACAACAAGCUCGAGUGUCUGCCUAGCUCUCUGUUCACCCUGCUCAAGCUCCGGCACCUGGACGUGAGCCACAACUCGAUCGCCGCCAUACCCCCGGAGGUGGGCUUCCUGCAGAACCUCCAGUACUUUGCGAUCACGGGCAACAAGUUGGAGGUUGUUCCCAAGCAGCUCUUCAAGUGCACCAAACUGCGGACGCUGUGCCUCGGCCACAACUGCGUCGCCGCCCUGCCGGAUCGGGUCGGCCAACUGGCGCAGCUGAGCCACCUGGAGCUCAAGAGCAACUGCCUGGACCGUCUCCCGGCGCAGCUGGGUCAGUGCCCCCUGCUGCGCCGGGGCUGCCUGGUCGUGGAAGACCACCUCUUUGACUCGUUGCCCAUGGAGGUCAAGGAGAGUAUCAACCAGGACUCUGCCGGCGCUUUCGCAAAUGGGUGCAGGUGUUUGACGGACGGGCGGUAGCACAUCAUGGCGCUUUUUUUUUUUUUUUUUUUUUAUGCAGCAUCUUACAGGCCAAGUAGGG